CUGACCAAGCGAGCACGAGCACGCGGGUCGGCAGACAGGUAGGCGGGGGUCGGAGGCCGGCCCCGUCUCGGGUUUGCUUCGGCCACAUCCGUCCGAGCGAGCGAGCACACGCGUGGGCUCGUUGUCUGGGGUUAUAAAGCUGCCCGCCUGCCGUUCCACCCCCUGCCCCUCCCCCCAUCUUCAAUUCAGCACCAUGGUCACAGCACUCAAGAACGCCGUUGUCGUCGGGGCGUCGUAUGUCGGCAUUAACGCGGCCCAGCAGCUCGCUGCCGUCUUGCCCGCCACCUACCGCGUCGUGCUUGUCGAGCCCCACAGUCAUUUCCACCACCUGUUUGCCUUUCCGCGCUUCGCCAUUGUCCCCACGCACGAGCACAAGGCAUUCGUACCCUUCACUGGCGUGUUCAACCAGGACACGAUCCCAAACAAGGACCAGCACAAGGUUGUGCAGGCGCGAGUUGUCGCCCUUGAGCCUGGCCGCGCCGUGCUCGACCGCGAGUGGGAGGGUUCGAGAGAGAUCCCGUUCGACUAUGUUGUCGUCGCGACCGGCACGCGGCUGACGCCACCUGGCUCUAUGGUGUCGGACGACAAGCCGUCCGCUGUCACGUACUUCCAGGACUACCAGGCCAAGGUGAAGAAUGCCAACUCUGUCGUGCUUGUCGGCGGCGGUGCCGUCGGUAUCCAGAUGGCGGCGGACCUCAAGGAGAAGUUUCCCGAGAAGCAGGUCACGCUCGUCCACUCGCGCGACAAGGUCAUGCCGAGGUUCCACCCCCAGUUCCACGACCUUAUCCAGGAGCGGUUCACCGAACUCGGCAUCAGGCUCAUCACCAACUCGCGCGUCGUGUUCCCCAAGGGCGGCUUCCCUGAGGACGGCUCGACGUUCACGGUUGAUCUCGCGGACGGCACUAGUGUCGACGCGCAGCUCGUCAUCCCCGCCACGGGCCAGACACCCAACAACGAUCUCGUGCGCGACCUUCCUGCGUCGACGCCGGAGGGGAUCAUCAACCCCGCCAACGGCUUCAUCCGCGUCCAGCCCACGCUGCAGUUCAAGGACCCGGCGUACCCCAACUUCUUCGCCGUCGGAGACGUGGCCGACACGGGAGCACACAAGGCUGCCAGACCCGGAGCGGCGCAGGCUGCCGCUGCGGCUCAGAACAUUUUGUCGCUGAUCGAGGGCAAGACGCCGACCGAGACGAUCACCGUCAGCCCCGGAGGCAUCCACCUGACGCUGGGCAUUCAAAAGAACAUCAUCUUUAGGAAUCCAGAGUCCGAGGGUGCCGAGCCUACCUCGCGCUGGCGUGACGAUGGCGUCGAGGACAUGAACAUUGAGGGUGUGUGGACACGCCGCGGAGUUCGUGUCAACACGCUCGACGAUUACCACCUCUAAGGGGGAAGCUGUGCCAGCGGUGCAGAUCAUAGGGUAAUAGGCUGUCCAGACUUGCCAUGGGGCAGUGGCCAGUGGCGAGGCCCCGAGGCCGCAGCAAGAGGCGGUGGUCGUGUGAGGUAAUGCCACGAGGACUGCCCAGGUGAAGAGUACAAUUUGAAUGCACGUGGUAUGUAAUUUGA